AAACAUUUUGCUUUAUGACACGUCUUGCUCGCUGUCAUUUACCUGUCAGUUUAUGUCGAUUUGUUUUCCCAGAGUACGUACGUAUGAAAAUGGAUUUAAUGUGUCUAACUGUCUAAACAAUUAAUAGAAACAUAAAAAUGGGGAACGCUGACACAAAAUUGAACUUUCGGAAAGCUGUGGUCCAGCUGACAUCGAAAACCCAGCCUGUCGAUGCGUCGGAUGACAGUUUCUGGGACCAAUUCUGGUCCGAGAGCGUGACGAACGUGCAGGAUGUGUUCGCGCUGGUGCCGGGGGCGGAGAUCCGCGCGCUGCGCGAGGAGUCGCCCAAUAAUCUGGCAACGCUCGUGUACAAGGCUGUCGAGAAGCUCGUGAAGACCGUGGACAGCAGCUGCCGUACACAAAGGGAACAACAGAUCGCGUUAAACUGCGCGCGGCUGCUUACGCGGGUGCUCCCGUACAUGCUUGAGGAGCCCGAGUGGCAGAGCUUCUUCUGGUCUUCACUGCCGGCUGCGGAGAACGAGUAUGUGCCGCUGGCACAGUCUCUCAUCAAUGCUGUUUGUGACCUGCUGUUUUGCCCAGACUUCACGGUGGCGAGCACGCGUCGCUCCGGCCCGGAGCGCGCCGAGGAACUGUCUUCCCUCGACAGCUGCGAGUACAUCUGGGCCGGCGGAGUAGGCUUCGCCCGCGCGCCGCCGCGGUGCGCCGCGCACGAAGCGGCCCGGACUGAACUAUUACGGCUCCUACUGACGGCCUUUAGUGAGACCGUAUACAAACCGCCACACCAAACACACCAUAAUAAAUGGAUCGCGUACUUGUCAAGCCCCGACAACCGCCACGCCCUGCCACUCUUCACGUCCCUAUUAAACACAGUAUGCUCCUACGAUCCGGUGGGGUUAGGGCUGCCCUACAACCAUCUACUCUUCAGUGACACGCUGGAACCUCUGGUCGAGGUUGCUUUGCAAAUUUUAAUCGUUACCCUGGACCACGAUACCAGCAACGCUAUGAAUGAAGAUUCUGACGAGGCCCUCCCGGAUAACCUAUUCAUCAACUACCUCUCCCGCAUCCAUCGCGACGAGGACUUCGCCUUCGUGUUGCGCGGAGUCACCAGAUUGCUGAACAACCCGUUGGCACAAACAUACCUGCCUAAUUCGGCCAAGCGGGUAGCCUUACAUCAGGAGCUACUCGUUCUGUUCUGGAAGAUGUGCGACUAUAACAAGAAAUUUAUGUACUACGUGUUGAAGAGCAGCGACGUAUUGGAAGUGCUAGUGCCCAUCUUGUACCACCUCAACGACUCGCGCGCUGACCAGUCACGCGUCGGUCUCAUGCAUAUCGGCGUAUUCAUCCUCCUCCUCCUGUCCGGCGAGCGCAACUUCGGCGUCCGACUCAACAAGCCCUACACCGCCACCGUGCCCAUGGACGUGCCUGUCUUCACGGGCUCCCAUGCUGAUCUACUAGUACUCGUGUUCCACAAGAUAAUUACAACAGGGCAUCAGCGUCUGCAGCCGCUGUUUGAUUGUCUGCUUACUAUUCUUGUCAAUGUAUCGCCGUACCUGAAAACUCUCUCGAUGGUAUCGUCCAGCAAGCUGCUGCACCUGCUGGAAGCCUUCAGCACGCCGUGGUUCCUGUUCUCGGCGCCGCAGCAUCACCAUCUAGUGUUCUUCUUGCUGGAGAUGUUCAACAACAUCAUUCAGUACCAGUUCGACGGCAACUCAAACCUUGUGUACACCAUAAUCCGUAAGCGAGCGGUGUUCCACGCGCUCGCCAACCUGCCUCACGAGCACACCGCCAUCGCGCGCUCGCUGCAGGCCACACACGACAAACUGCCCAGAUCGACGAGUGCCGAGUCGGUAGCGGAGCUCGCCAUGGAGGGCUCGCGACCCGCGCAGCCCGCCGAGCCCGGCACGCUCAACGCGACGUUGCCAGACACGCCCGCAAUCGCAGCAAUGACAGAGCGCGAGUCAGCGCACCCCAGCGUCCAACAGCUAGAAAACACUCAAUCCCUGUUGGAAAGUCGUAGCGGCGGAGACGGGGAAGACUGCGAACCUGACGCCAUCACCGAUGGAGAAGAAACACAGCGGCCGAGGACACAUCGGGACAGCAUAAAGUCCACAAGCAGCAUCCGCAGCCCGACCACAGACGGGUGGCGAGCCAGCGCCGAGUGGGUCGCCAGCUGGCGGGGCAAGCUCCCGCUGCAGACCAUCAUGAGGCUGCUGCAGGUCCUGGUGCCGCAGGUGGAGAAGAUCUGCAUCGACAAGGGCCUGACGGACGAGUCGGAGAUCCUGCGCUUCCUGCAGCACGGCACGCUGGUGGGGCUGCUGCCCGUGCCGCACCCCAUCCUCAUCCGCAAGUACCAGGCCAACGCCGGCACCGCGGCCUGGUUCCGCACCUACAUGUGGGGCGUCAUAUACAUACGAAACGUGGAUCCGCCGAUAUGGUACGACACGGACGUGAAGCUAUUCGAGAUCCAGCGAGUUUGAGCGACGUGAAGUGGCAGCUGAGUAUUUUAUUGUAUAUCCUGCAAAUGCUAGCCAGUCAGUCGACGGAGAUAGCUUAUACAUUUAUAUAAACACAGGAAUACAUAAUAUAGGAAUUUCACUAGCUUUUACUUACUGCUGAAGGUUACUUUAUGAAGUCCCUUUAACGUGGUCUUUUGGAAAAUUCGUACAUUUGUUAUCUAUCUGCCAUCAGAGGGCGUAGAAAAGUUAGCCAUAAUCAAUCUUUAACGCCAAUUUAAAAGUUAAUAAUAUGCAUAUGGAAAUGACUUCGUUUACAUCAGAUUCUGACUUUUUAAUGGCGUUAACGAUUGUCACUUUUGACUACGCCCUCUGAUCUUGCAGUAAAAGAUAGACUGAAGCGCCAUCUGCAUUGAGAAUUCCAUUUGUAACUCAUUCCUAUCAAUCAUCAAAUUAAUUUGCGUUACUCAUAGUCGACUGUCUGACUUCACCAAAGAAAAAAAUACAAAAAAAGAAUCAUUAUUUGUCGUUGGACGUCUCAUUUUAUAUCUUUGAAGUGUAAUUUUUUCCUUUCAUUGAAGGUCAAAUCGCACAAUAACCCGAUACUAUACCGAGUUUUAAAACUAUAUCGAGCGAAGUUAUAUAAUUUAAGUCGCUUCCACCGAAAAUGUUAAUACUGGCAUACCCAGUCGGUCACUAAGUUCUGUUACUAGAUUUUCAACUGAUUAAAUAUAAAAAAAGUUUAGGCACAGUUUGAUAACUUACUUUGUAAUGAUCAAAACAUGAUAUAAUUAUACAAAAUUCAGAUGGAGAAUUUAUGGAAAUCCUUGGAAAGCUUCAGAUUGUCUGAAGACGUAAACACGCGGUCAAUUUAUGAAAAUUAUACUUUACAAGUGUGUCCAAUACAAUCUUGCAACUUUGCCAGAAGGUUCAAUUGCUUGUUUUAAUGAGGCCUCUAUAUUACCGUAAAUUUGGUGACCACCAUUAUUUUUACUAGUUUGUACCUAAGAUUUAAUAUUUUUUAGUUUCUCACGAAAACGUAUAGAAUUAUAGAUAGACAAUUGUGCAAAAGGUAGGCUUGGAAAACUGUAGACUAUGUAUUUAAUCAAAGAAACCCACGUAAACCAUAUGUUAAAUUAAAGAUGAAUAAUCAAGCUAUCAAAUUGUGCAAGGCUAUCACAUCCUUAACUAACUUCGUAAGGCCCACCAUACAAAGUUUCCCUAUUUUUAAUUUGAACCUUGUUGUAUAGAAGAUGAGAGUGACUCGUUUUUUUUUUAGAAAACAUUGAAACAAAAGAAAUGCUACUUAAUUCAGUUAGUGUAAGGUUCAAAUUAGAUUGAAACAGAGUGUAAUGUGUAAUGCACAUUGGGCCUUACGAGGUUAAUAUGAUUAGAAAUAAAUAGCAUUUAAAAACGACAUAACAUGUUUUUUUACGCCAUUUUUCCGAGGUAAGGUAUUCUGUAAAACCAGAACAACAAUGUUUAUUAGGUUGUAUUGUAAGCUUAUCACUUAUAAAUCUUUACGACUGUAUACAUGAAUAAUUAAAAAUCGCUACCUAUUUCCUUUUAUUCCGUGAAAACUGUUAACAGAAUUUAGUAACCAACUAGGUAGUAUUUGGCCUUUCAUGCGUCGUUUGAACAGGACAGCUUCUGUAACGUGAUCUGUAUGGAUAUUAUGGAUGAGCGGACGACCAUUCCUUACGAUAGCAAGUAUAGUGAUACUAAUUAUAGCGACGCAUUAUGCAAGAGGUCAACGAUUCUGUGAACCCGUUAAUUUUUACUAGUCCAAUUGGUAGAUCUAAUCGUUGGAACUCAUUUGAUCCGUACUAAACGCGACAGCCUAUGACGAUAUCGUUAUGUAUCUAGUACCCACAACCCAAGCAAGUAUAAUAAACGUUUUGUAGAAUCUGGUGGAUGGGCGUUUUCUAAAAUACCUGAAAACCUGAUUCUUUCAAAUCUGGACAUUCUUGGGCUCAUUCUACUCAGAAUCGACAGCAUUCUCUAUCGUGUCAUUAAAAAAAGAUGUCCCAAAAUGUCCAUUCCAUUACGUCACGUUUUAGUGGGAAAAAAAAAAACAUUUGUAUGUGACGUAGUGGAAUGUACAAUUUUCAUACAAAUUUUUGGGACAUUUUUUUUAAUCAUCAGGAUUGAAUAUAUGCUAGUGAUUCUGAGUUGAAAGAACCCAAAAACACCAGGAUCUGUGGGAAUCAGGUUUUCAAUAUUUAUUUUAGAAAACGCCCGGAUAAGUGUUAAAUUUGUUUUCUUCAUAUACCUACAAUUUGUUAACCUUUCAUAUGUUAUACAAACAGUAACACUCUUAACUGUCCAUCGGUGGACCUUAUGCCGUGUGUAAUAAGGUCACGAACGAACUGUCAGUUAACAGUGUGGGCGAUGGUACUGUAUAGAGCAGAAAAAGUCGUUUUACAAAAAAAUGCAGAAAGAUGACUAAAAAUUUGGUCAGGGUUCAUAUCAUAUCAUACAGACAAUAGUUUAAUAGUAUGUCGCAUUAGAAGCAAACCUGACCUGACCUUUUGCAACAAUGUGUCUAAGCAAGUGUAGUUACUUUAAUAUUUCUAAUAAUUCUUUGUACGCUCUGGCACUUGACCAUUUCCUUUUUCUUUAUCUGAAUGUUAAGCCUUACAAGAAUCCCCAUUACCCUUCAUCAGGGUCGGGUCUAGGGUAGAGCGAGUGGAGCGGCCGCUCUAGGCGCCGGAUGGCAAGGGGGCGCCAAAAUGGCAAAUGAGAAAAAAAGGGUAAAAAGCAUUAACGAAGGGCGCCAAAACCCCAUUUCGCUCUACCCUGAUCAAGGACUUGGGCCGGCACUGCCCUUCAUAAAUGAGGCUUAAGUUAGAUUUUAUUUUAUAUCAUAAUUUAGAAAAAAAUAUAUUUUUUUUUUACAUGACAGCUUAUGAAAACAAAACUUAUCCGUUAUUUAAAAAUAAUUCUAGCAAAUAAUUUUAAUUAUGUAAAUAAGUAAUUUAGUAAACAUUAUACUAUUAUUAAAUGAUCUUAUAAUUUCACCAAUUUGCAUUUCGACUUAAUCAGAUUGUUCUUAUGAUUUUAUGUAAUUUUUUUAAAGGGCUGACUAUUUAUUAUGUUUCUUAGCAAUUAUCUACACCUAGUCACUUGUGGUGUUUAUAUGUGAAUGCAACUGUGUUAUGUUAUGAUUAUUAUUAAUGGAUACAAAAUAUUUACGUCUUAUGGUUAACUAGCUUUUGCCCGCGACUUCGUCUGCGUGGAGUUAGUAACCCCAGCAAGAGUAAGAAUAGCGCCUGGAGAAAGUCUUAUAGCAAUUAUUCAAUUUGAGCAUAUUAUGCACACAAAUUAGCAGACACUUCAUUAAUUAUCUCAAUUCCACCCCGCUUUUUACUUUCUUAAGGGAUGAUUUUCGGGUUAAAAACUAUCCUAUGUCCUUCUCAGGGACUCAACCUAUCUCUAUGCCAAAUUUCAUCUAAAUCGA